AUGAUCUACAAUGCUAAACCGACCCAUGGCGGCUCCGAUGAGUUAUUCGGCAGAGACGGAACCCUGCAGGACGUGAUGCUCGUGAUAAUCCUCAGGGCUCCCAAUAUCGGUUCGCUCUCGAAUAGAGCUGAGCACAAGAAGAUGCGUAAACGCUUACUGCCGGGUUUCACAUCAAACGCGCUUUUUGAACAGGAAUCCCUGCUGCGCCUGCACCUUGACCGCCUCUUACAAAGACUUCAACAAAAUGCAGGUGUGAUCGACUUGACGGAUUACUUUUCCAGAUUUCUUUGGGACCUUAUUGGGGAUCUUUCAUUCGGAGAACCUCUAGUUGCAGAGAAGCACGACACGCUGCGAUCGCUUGUCGAUAUAUACCAAGCGUGUUUUCCUUUGCUGGAAGCUAUCACUUAUGCUGUUCCACAAGUCGAAGGGCUGCUCAAGUUGGCGUUGCAUUUGGUACCGCCAGCUACUUUGCGCGCGGUCUUGCCCAUUGCCACAUUUCGAGAUUGCAUUGACCGACAAGAUGGCCGAUCCGAUUUCCUCACACAUAUCAUGGGCCACAAAAGCCGCAACCCCACAGAAGUAGAAUUAAGCUAUGGCGAAUUGCACAGUAACGCCACCGUUCUAAUGAUCGCCGGCUUCAAGACGACCGAAACAUCCCUAUCGGCGUUAUUUUACCGACUCUUAUCAACCCCAGGAGUGCUCGAGAAACUCCGAAGCGAACUGGCUAGCACCUUCCAGAGCAUCGACGACAUCACAGGCAAGAAACUGCUAUCGCUGCCCUACCUGAAUGGAUGUAUCUUCGAGUCGCUCCGUCUAACGCCUCCAGUGGCGGGCAAAUUCGCGUCCCGUCGGUCCCCCGGUGCCAUGAUUGAAGGCUUCUACGUCCCCAUGGGGACGGAGGUAUAUACGGAGACGUAUACCAUGCAGCGAAGCCCCAGGUACUGGCAUGCCCCGGAUGAGUACCGCCCUGAGCGCUGGUUCGAACGUGGUGAGGGCAGUCCGUAUGCUAGGGAUGUGCAUGAGGCAUUUAAGCCAUUUAGCUCGGGUCCGAGAGCUUGUCUUGGGAGGGAGGUGGCCCUUCAGACCUUGAGGUUGACGACAGCUUUGCUGGCUUAUCGCUUUGAUUUGAAGAUGAAGGAUCAACAUCGAUUUAUUUGGGAGAGGGAAGUUGAAUCUAGGAUGGUGUACUCGGGAUAUCAUGUAAAGGCCGUUGUGCAGGAGCGUGUCUGA